GUAGCCCAAAUUCUCUCUCUCUUUCCCUCCGACACUUACCUCGGAGGUUCAGAACUAUAAAAAUUCAUCCAUCUUUUCCAUUCAUUGAAAGAAAAGAGAAUAAUACUAGGAAGAUCAAGUGCUUUGAACAUCAUUCCGGCAUUGUCCUCAGGUGCCAAGAUGGUCAACCAGGCUUUUACAGUGGAUUUGAACAAGCCACUCGUUUUUCAGGUCGGCCAUCUUGGAGAAGCUUACGAGGAAUGGGUUCACCAACCUAUUGUCAGCAAAGAAACCCCACGUUUUUUCACAAAUGACGUUAUAGAGUUCUUAACACGCACUGCAUGGUGGGUAAUUCCUCUCAUCUGGCUUCCCGUUGUAUGCUGGUCUGUUUUUACAUCUGCAAAGAUUGGCCUUUCUCCUUACCAGCUAGCAGCAACAGUGAUUGGUGGCAUCUUCAUGUGGACAUUUAUGGAGUACUCUUUGCACCGGUUUCUUUUCCACAUUAAAACAAAGAGCUAUUGGGCGAACACGCUUCACUACCUCAUUCAUGGCUGCCAUCACAAGCACCCUAUGGAUGGCCUCCGACUCGUUUUCCCUCCUGCUGCAACUUUGAUUCUGCUUGUGCCAUUUUGGAAUCUGAUUAAGCUUUUAGCACCUGCAUCUUAUGCCCCAGCUGUAUUUGGAGGUGGCUUGUUGGGUUAUGUCAUGUAUGACUGCACUCAUUACUACUUGCACCAUGGGAAACCAUUGAAAGGAGUAUCUCAUGAUCUCAAGAGAUACCACAUGAACCAUCACUUUAAAAUUCAGAACAAGGGAUUUGGAAUCACAUCAACAUUUUGGGACAGGGUUCUCGGAACACUUCCUCCACAUUCUUCCGAGAAAACUGGCUGAUUUAUAGAAGGUGAAGAGGCAAAUUUGCUCGGGGUGCUCGCAGGAGUCUGGCUAGCAAAGAUGGCGUUGGUUUUAUAGUGCCGAACACAAUGAACUUGUCUAGUUGUUGCAUGCAUUGCUAGCUUGUGUCUAUUCUUUAUAAUCUUUUUGUAUAUUUUGCUUUGUGCCUUUUUAUAAUUCUAAGCUGUAACUUAUCCCAUGACAACUUUUGCAGUUAAAGAGUUACUGGAGUUUUCUUAAUUUUUAUUAUUGUGCAAUGUUAGGGGAAUAUUAUUUUUCUUGCUAUACAUAUCCAUUG